AUGGCGGCAGCCAAGGGCCAAGUCCAACUCAGCGUGAACGACGACGACAAUGGUGCCCAGAAGGUACAAGAAGCUGGCAUCGCUGCUUCUGUCGGCGUCAUCCUCAGCGGCAGCGUUGCUGCGGCCGUCGACGGUGGCGAGGACGAUGGGGAACAAGGUAGGAGGAGGCUCCAUGAGCAGGCCUUGGAAGUGCUCCUUGGUGGGCAUGACAAUCUGGAGAGGAUAGGCCUCGUCGGCCUCGCCACCAUGUCCUCCGGCAUCGGUGGAUUCUUUGCAAGGGAAGCCCCGGCAUUGUUCUUCAUUUACUAUGGCGACCAAAACCGCGCGGCAAGGUUUGCCUACUACAAGUGCCUGCCGUUCUUCAUCUUCCUUGGGCUGGCUGAGGCGCUGUAUGCCAUCUGGUUGUCACGCAGACGCAGGGCCAUCCGCGGCAACACUAGAGUCCCUAAGCAACCUGUUCGACGAAAGGCCUCUGAGUGCUCGCCCACCAUCACGGUGGCAUCACCAUCCAUGGCCGCUGCGAGCGCCCAUGGCGCUGUCAAGCUCAGCGACCUCCCCGAUCACAUCAUCCGGCGCAUCAUGUCCUUCAUGCCCGUGCGCCAGGCCGGGCAGGCCUGCGUGCUGUCACGGCGGUGGCUCAACCUCUGGCGCCCCGUGCCCUGCAUCAACGUCGAUUUCGAGGAGUUUAGCGAGAAGUAUGAGCAAGAAGCCGAAGACGAGGUGGUGUUCAAGCGAUUCGUCAACCGGAUGCUGGAGAACACCGACGAGCCCGUCGACUACGUGGUCGCCUUCUGUCUCAGGUACUCCAUGUCGCGCGGCCAAGACGCCGAAGCCGAUUCGGCAACCGCAGACGCCAACCGGUGGAUCGGCCACGUUUUGCAGAAUCAGGCGAUGCUCGUGGAGGUUGUCGCGCGUAACCCCUGGUUGGAGCUUGAUCACUCUGCAUUCACUUCAUCAUUCUUGAGAAACAUCAGGUUCUCUAAUGUUGUUCUGGACAAGGGUUUCUUCAAGCAAAUUCGGACGGGCUGUCCUGCGUUGGAAGAUCUCUUCUUACAUGACUGUAUCAUUAUGGAUGAUGAGAUCACCUGCCACCAUGGACUGAAGGUUUUCACCAUCAAUGCCUCUGGCUUCCCCGUGGACGACAGGAUUUCUAUUUCUACUCGGAGUGUUACUUCUCUCACCGUGUGUCGCCCUUGGGGUAGACUACCAAUACUAAAGGACGUCGGAUCAGUAGUAACAGCAUCAGUUGUUCUUAGUGAUGAGCCAGCCUUUCCUAUUGGUACUGUUGAUUUCCGUCACUACCUCUGGAGCCUUUCUGGUGUUAAACAUUUGGAGUUCGAUUAUCUGGCGGUAAAGGUAUGUUUAUUGAUCUAGCAUAUUUCACCUUGUCUUAGUAUAUGCAGGCACCUUAGUUGAUACAUCUUUAUGUUCCUAGCCUGACAAUUCACAAUUGCAUUAGAUUAGUUAGUUUCCACACAAAACUAAUUGUUAUGCCAUGAAAUCGUGACGUUGCCAAUGGGGUGACUAGUGUUGUCAGCCACUUGAUGCAAUCUAGUCUAUGCACUCCUUUCAUUUGUACAAAAAACAAUCUGUUGAG